AGAUACUAUACCAAAACUACCACAAACGAUUUGGUUUUUCUUUUACACAUAUUUCGUUACAUAAACAAGGUUUGGAGUGAUUUAUUUAUCUUGCAUAUUACUUAUUCAAGUUUCAACUCUAGAGGAGAGAAAUUCUGUGAACAUGUGCAUAUGACGUAAAAAAGAGAAAUGACUGCAAUGAGUGGAAUCGCUUUAAUACAGGGAGCCAGUAGAGGGAUAGGACUUCAGUUUUGUAAAACCCUGUUGCAGCGCAACCCCGCAACAACCGUCAUAGCAACAUGUCGCAAUCCGAACUCAGCCCAAGACCUCGUGCAACUGAAAGACAGCAACCCCGCCAAUCUACACAUUUGUAAACUAGACGUCACAAAAGAGGAGGAGAUUGUAGGCGUGUCUAAGUUUGUGACUGACAGCUUCGGGAGAUUGGAUCUGCUUAUUAACUGUGCAGGGAUGCUGCACCCCAGCGGCAAAGGGGAGACAAGUCUGCGUAGUGUUGAUGAACAGGGUCUGCUGUCCACUAUACAUACGAAUGCUGUUGGUCCACUGGUGAUGGCCAAGAUGCUGAGCCCACUGCUACUGAAUGGGCAGGGACAGUUCGGGGCCACGCCCUCUGACUCUGGAUCCGCCCACUGUGGAAUCAUUGCCAACAUGUCAGCAAAAGUCGGAUCCAUCACAGAUAACGGCCUAGGAGGAUGGUACAGCUACCGAAUGUCCAAAGCAGCACUCAACAUGGCCACCAAGAACCUCAGUAUAGAACUGGGUCGCGGCCGGAGGAAAGUGAUCUGUGUGUCGCUACAUCCGGGGACUGUCGACACAGAUUUAUCCCGCCCUUAUCACAAGAACGUACCCAACUUAUUCACCACGGAAUACUCAGUCAACUCUCUACUACAAGUCAUUGAGUCUUUGACAGUGGAGGAUUCUGGGAAAUUUUUCACUUACGACAGGACCGAGUUGCCAUUUUAACUUAGCAACGAAUAAUUGUGCACGUG